CUCGUUCAUUAUCGUACUUCAUAUUUCAUCAUGACUGAACAGACACCUAAAGUACUCAAGCUUAAGACCUUGUCCCCACCUUCGUUUCAACUGAUGCCUUUCUGGCCCGACAACAUCGAAGCCUGGUUUUGCUACGCAGAAGCCGACUUUUCCGAGCACGGCGUGAUCGACACACGUGCACAAUUCCUCGCAGUAGUCAAGGCACUGCCGCGGGAAUUCAACAGGUACGUAACACCUAGUAUGUUUACUAGUGAUGUUUCCGAUCCUUACGAAAUCUUAAAACGCUCGAUUCUUAAACGAGGAGACCUAACCGAUCGACAAAGGUUAGAUCAACUCUUCAACAAUAUCGACCUGCAACACGGUUCUGCGACGGACAUGUUGCAACGGAUGAGAGAGGUUAUAGGCCCAAGAACUUUCGACGAAGGUCUAUUCAAACAACUCUUCUUGUCAAAACUUCCCCAACAGGUGCAAGCAGUUCUGGUCUCGUUCCAGAACAACGCCUUAGACGAACUAGCUGUAUCUGCCGACCGCAUUCUAGAAAUUACGAAACCUUCUACUACCGAGGUAUUUUCAGUCAAAGAAAAGCCUCACACGACUCAGAAUGACAUAACCGACUUAUGUCACACACUCACGCGUUAUCUUAGUCUUCGUACCGACCGUAAGAGAUCGCGCACACCACGUAGAAGCAUUUCUCGUAAGCGAUCUGUCUCUAGACCACGAGAGACAGAUAACCCCGACUGGUGCUGGUAUCAUAACCAGUAUGGAAAGUUUUCCAGAAAUUGCAGAAAACCCUGCAAUUUUCCCAACACGAAACCGACUGAUUCGAAAAACAAUUCGGGAAACUUCCAAGCCGGCACGCGUUAACGGCAACCGUAGCCGGCGAACAAAGCCGUCUGUUAUUCGUCACAGAUGUGACAACGAGAGUUCGCUACCUCGUCGACACUGGCGCAGAAGUUAGCGUUCUCCCAGCAAAUCCUAACGACCGACUUCACGAAUCGACCCUAAACUUACAGGCGGCAAACGGAAAACCGAUCGCUACGUAUGGCAAAAGGUACGUUUACCUUAACGUGGGUUUACGCAAACCCAUCCA